CCUGCGGCGGCGGAGGAAAGGACCCGGGCUUCCGGGGUUCCGGGGAGCGAGCCGCCGGCGGGCGCAGGCGAGGCGGAGGACGGCAGCCCCGGCAGGCCCCGGACCCCCCGGGAAGCAAGAGUAGUUUCAAGGUAGACCCAGCAAUGGCAACUUAGAAAUGGGAUGGGACACAAAGACCUGGGACAGUAGCAUAUCCAGUUAGGAAAUGACUACACAUGGAGGUGCAGUGUUCUCUUAUGUCACCAGAAUUCCUCAAGCACAGAGGCAGCUUUUCCAGAUUCUCUUUGUGGCCAGAUGGGUUUGUAUGGACAGGCUUGUCCAUCUGUAACUUCAUUAAGGAUGACAUCUGAACUGGAGAGCAGCCUAACAUCUAUGGACUGGUUACCACAGCUCACCAUGAGAGCAGCCAUCCAAAAAUCUGAUGCUACACAAAAUGCACAUGGAACAGGAAUUUCUAAGAAGAAUGCACUCCUUGACCCAAAUACAACUCUGGACCAGGAAGAAGUCCAACAGCACAAAGAUGGGAAACCUCCAUACAGUUAUGCCAGCCUCAUUACAUUUGCAAUUAAUAGCUCACCCAAAAAGAAAAUGACUUUAAGUGAAAUUUAUCAGUGGAUUUGUGAUAACUUCCCGUAUUAUAGAGAGGCUGGCAGUGGUUGGAAGAAUUCCAUACGACAUAAUCUGUCAUUGAACAAAUGUUUCCUUAAAGUGCCUCGAUCUAAGGAUGACCCUGGAAAGGGGUCCUACUGGGCAAUAGACACCAAUCCGAAGGAAGAUGCGCUGCCUACUCGGCCAAAGAAGAGGGCACGAUCUGUAGAACGGGCCUCAACUCCAUAUAGCAUAGAUUCAGAUUCUUUGGGAAUGGAGUGUAUUAUUUCGGGAAGUGCCUCUCCAACUCUGGCAAUCAACACUGUGACUAACAAAGUAACAUUGUAUAACACUGAUCAGGAUGGUAGUGAUAGCCCACGCAGUAGCCUUAACAACAGUCUCUCAGACCAGAGUUUGGCAUCUGUUAAUUUGAACAGUGUUGGAAGUGUGCAUAGUUAUACACCGGUGACAAGCCAUCCAGAAUCAGUCUCUCAGUCAUUAACUCCUCAGCAGCAACCACAGUACAACCUUCCAGAAAGAGACAAGCAACUGCUUUUCUCAGAAUAUAAUUUUGAAGAUCUUAGUGCCUCAUUUCGGAGCCUUUAUAAGUCAGUUUUUGAGCAGUCACUUAGUCAACAAGGUUUGAUGAACAUCCCUUCUGAAUCUUCCCAGCAGUCCCACACUUCAUGUUCCUAUCAGCACUCUCCCAGCAGUACAGUGAGCACUCACCCACACAGCAACCAAAGCAGCCUGUCCAACAGUCAUGGCAGUGGCCUCAACACCACGGGCAGUAAUUCGGUUGCACAGGUCUCACUAUCUCACCCCCAGAUGCACACACAGCCGUCUCCACAUCCUCCCCAUCGACCGCAUGGUUUACCGCAGCAUCCGCAACGUUCCCCACACCCAGCACCACACCCACAGCAACACAGCCAGCUCCAGUCCCCUCACCCCCAGCAUCCCUCUCCACAUCAACACAUACAGCACCAUCCGAACCAUCAGCAUCAGACGUUAACACAUCAGGCACCCCCACCCCCACAACAGGUAUCCUGUAAUUCUGGUGUUUCAAAUGAUUGGUAUGCGACACUUGAUAUGCUAAAAGAAAGCUGUCGAAUUGCCAGCAGUGUUAAUUGGUCAGAUGUAGACCUUUCACAGUUUCAAGGUCUGAUGGAGAGUAUGAGACAGGCAGAUCUCAAGAACUGGUCUUUAGACCAGGUUCAGUUUGCCGAUCUCUGUUCUUCUCUUAAUCAAUUCUUUACUCAAACUGGCCUUAUACAUUCACAGAGUAAUGUUCAGCAAAAUGUUUGUCAUGGUGCCAUGCAUCCAACAAAACCUUCCCAACACAUUGGAACAGGAAAUCUGUACAUAGAUUCUAGGCAAAAUCUCCCUCCUUCAGUGAUGCCACCCCCUGGUUAUCCUCAUAUCCCACAGGCACUCAGCACUCCAGGAACAACGAUGGCAGCUGGUUUAGAAGGGGGUCUGUCAAGAUACGGUGGAGACGCAGACCCAAUGAAUCAAAAUUGGGGAGCUCAAACAGCACAUGGCCAAACCGGUGCAAGAAGAGCAUGGGAAGGCCAUCACAGAGCCAUGAACCAGCAGCACAUGAUGCCUUCCCAAGCCUUCCAGAUGCGGCGUUCCCUGCCUCCAGAUGACAUCCAGGAUGACUUUGAUUGGGAUUCAAUUGUGUAGGGCUUGUUUCUGCAAGACACCAGACCCUAACGUUACCUUUCUGUGCAGUGAAGGGAAAGGUUUAAGAGAAUCCAGUUGAGAAAACAAACUUGCUAAUCACUUUACCAAUGUUAUCAAAAUUACUUUUGAAGACAAUCAGAAGGAUUUUAGCUGGAUAACUUACUGCUUUUAUCUGACCCAAACAAGUACUACAUGUUUGUCUCCCUGCCAGCUGCCCUAUGUAGCUCCUAACUGUUGUGUGAUUUGGACGGCUUUUUGCGUAUUUGUGUCAGUUUGAUGUUAACCACAAGUGCCAGACUGAUUUUUCAGACAGAGCCUAUUUUGCUGCAAGCAGUUUAUAUAAAGAUACAUAUGUGUAAAUAUAUGUACAAAAAUUACUGAAAGGCUUCAGUUUUUUCUAAUUGGAUUAUUAUGUCUUGAAAGGAAAGUUAUUGUCAGUUUUUAUUCCUUGUUAGGCUAUUUUCUGCAGUAUGCUUUUAACUGAUGUAGGAAACUGAAAGGAAAUAGAUUUUUUCCAAAGCUCAGUAUCCCUUAUUUAAUCUAUUUUAGAAAUGUGGGUAAUGAAUUCUACCUAGUAAGUCAAGGAAACCAGAAUUUGACACUCUCCAACAAUCCAGAGGGGCACAUUGCUCCUGAGCAGCAUGAAGAACUGACCAAAUUGGUUUUGAUGUUGGGGAUCAUGGAGUAUUUAUGUCUGCUUUUCCAAAUCUGCGUUACAACAGAUCUAAAAUGUGUUGAUCGGUAAGAAAUUGGGCAUUGCCUGGCUCUUUAAACACAUCAGUGCUUCCACAUUCACCUAUGUAUUUAUUAUUCAAAAGUGUUAUUUUAAUAUUUAUUGCUACCUUCUGUGAAUGCUUAGCUCCUGUUGGGUUCAUUAAGGAGAAAUGUGUCUGAAAGCACAGAAUUAUUAUUAUUAUUUUUUUUGAGGUGGAGUCUCGCCCUGUUGCCCAGGCUGGAGUGCAGUGGUGCAAUCUCAGCUCACUGCAACCUCCGCCUCCUGGGUUCAAGCAAUUCUCCUGCCUCAGCCUCCCGGGUUCAAGCAAUUCUCCUGCCUCAGCCUCCCGGGUUCAAGCAAUUCUCCUGCCUCAGCCUCCCGAGUAGCUGGGAGUGCAGGUGCACACUGCCAUGCCUGGCUAAUUUUUUGUAUUUUAGUAGAGAUGGAGUUUCACCAUGUUGCCUGGGCUGGUUGCAAACUCUUGAGCUCAGGCAGUCUGCCUGCCUCAGCCUCCCACAGUGCUGGGAUUACAGACGUGAGCCACUGCGCCCGGCCCAGAAUUACUUUUCUUGAUAAGAAUUUACAGAUAAGACACUCAGACAUUGUGUCAUUCUCUAUCAUCACUCCUUUUACCAUGUGAAUAGAUUUCUCUGUCUUGGCAUUCUUGCUGAUUCAGACUUAUUAGUUAAAUCGGAUUUUUCUGGAAUUUGAAUCAGAUUCUAUUUGGGCAACAACAGCAGGGCAGUAUUUCUAAAGCAAGUUUCCCCACUCAUCUAGGUUGUCUUUAAAGGAGGAUAGAGCCACUUACAGUUUUAUUUACUUCAGUGUUUAAUGUAGAUAUUAUGUGGCCUGCUGUUUCUGUUGUCUUAUAUGUCUGUGUAUGCAUGACACUUGGUCCCUUUCUUUGAAAUGCAGCCCACCUCUUAUGGGUUUUUUAGUGGUGGUGGUUUGUUUUGUUUCGUAUCAUAUCACAGUUUGCAUGGACUGAUUAUCUUAGUUUUAUGAUAAAACUAGAAGAAAUGAGGGUUUUUUUUUAAUGAAUAGAUUUUGAAUUGAUUCUUUAGACCCAAAAUAAAAGUGUCAAUUCUAAUGGGGAAAUAUAUUCCAUCAAGUCAAAGAGUAAUAACUGCUCACUAGUUGCUUUUUAGCAUCUCUGGUCUUAUCAGCCAUGCUAAAUCACUUUAAUUAGCCUUAGUGAUUCUAUGGUUGAGUAAUCUCUACUUGAACUAAACAAACAUCUUUUGUUUCUGUGUGUGUGUGCUGUGUGUGAGAGAGUGUGUGUGCACGCGCGCGCUUGUGUGUGUGUGUGUGUUUUAAUGGAGUGUUGCCUUGAAUGAAUCACUGGGAAGCCAGCCAUGGUAAGGGCUGGUGAGGUUGGGGAGAAAGGAAGAGCUUUAUGUUUCUCUGUUGUUUGGACCCUACUUGGCAUGAAAAAGGAAGCUCAGUUCCAGCCCCUUGGAUCAACGAAAAUCAGAGGAUCCUGGAAAGGCAGCCAACUUGCGCCUCUUAGAAGGAUCAGAGGCAAGAUGAGAUGGCAGCCUGCAGAGUAAAUGCUUGAAAAAAGAGGGGUGAUUUUCAAUGGCUUGCUUAAGUCACUGUUUUCUAGACACCAAAAUAGCUGUUUUGAAACUGUUUUAAUUGCUUGGGUAGCAAUGUGCACUUUAAACAAUUUGGAUAUUGGAAUGCAGUCUCAUACUGAGUGAUUUGAGUAGAACCACUGAUGAUGAUUUUAUAAAUUGUGUGAAGCGAAUUUCCCAUUUGGCAAUCAUUUACUGAUUUGCAGUGAUUAAUAUUUUUAUGAGAAUUUAAACUUAGCAAGAAUGGCCAUAGAGGCAAAGCCUUCACCCAGACCCAUCCCACUCUCCUGUGAUCCAGGUGGUCCAGGAGCCCAGGACAGGCCUUUUCUGUGGGCCCUGGCCAGACAGGGUUACCUGGUGAGGUGCAGAGAGUCCCUCUAGUGGCCGUUUUGUAUGGUUGUUGCUAAUGCAGAACAAGUUCUGUCUUGGGCUUAAAUUGACUGAAGACUUUAGGGGGAAAGAAUAGUAAAUGCAUGUAAACAAAUGGGGGCACUCUGUCCAGGAGAAUAAUCCGACUGGCAUUUGUGGCAGUUUUUGAAAUGUAAAUGUAUUCAUGUGUGUUCUUGUAAAUACGUGUCGCUCAGAUGUCCUUUGAAGUGGGAGGGAAUCAAUCCGGGGAUAAUUUCAAAUGGAAUAGAGUAUUUUGAUAUUGUUUAUUCAGAGGGUGAUGUGUACAUAUCUAUAUUGUAUAUAUGUGAUGAAAAUGCAUUGGCUUUUUGUGCAGAUACAACCUGCUCUCUGUACUGCUGUUGGACAGUCAGUGUUUUAAUGUUUCUACAGUUUUGCUAUUGCACGAUUUCAUAUUUUGCCUCUAUGAUGAACGGCAACCAUUAUUUGUAACUGUUUAGUGCUGUAAAGAAAUAUUCCAAGUGUCAUUAGGAUUGUUGCUGCCAGAACUGAUAUGCAUGAAUGGCACUUAAAAUAAAUAUAUUAUGUUAACUCUA